AUAUCGCUUAGUAAAGAAAGCGUAGCUCGUAAUCGAUCAAGAGUCGGCCAUUUUUUUUUCAAAUCUGCAUUUAGCAGAUCCUACAGCAUUUCCUAUUCCUGGAUUUAAGACUAAUAAUGUCGAAUUUAAGCGUUCUCAUCGGAUUUGUGCUUCUCUGGGGUGGAUUGAUUUCUAUUUCAGGUGUAAAGGGCAAUUGUGCUACCGACUGCACUGCAUCAGAAUGCUGUUACGAUGCCAUACCAGUUCCAUUAGGAGACGUAGGUGGCAUAGAGCCUGUACAAGUCUGCUAUACCAGUGGAAGUACAGUGAACUACACCUGUACCGGGAAUCUAAGAGGCCCCCCUAACCAGAUUUGCAACAAUGGAGCAUGGUCUUAUCCAUUCGCUCCAACGUGUGAAGGUGUGACUUCAUGCCCGCAGCCUACAGUACCAUCAGACGGCAGUAUAAAUCCGGAUCACACUCAAUAUGAUCUAUAUACACGGAUCUAUUACGCCUGCAACGAAGGUUUUUCACUGGUAGGUCCCGACGAAGCCGUCUGCGAAUCGGGUGGGACAUGGAACCCUUCUACGACACCUUCCUGCGAAGCAAGUUGUGACAAACCAACUUUAGCAAACGGAUACGUUGAUCCUGAUAAAACAUCUUAUAUGAAUGGAGAGGUACUCAACUAUGAGUGCAAUACAAAUUAUACACUGGUCGGAGUUUCUACAACAACUUGCCGCAAUGGGGUCUACGAUCCUUCAACGUUACCAACCUGCUUCAGUAUGUGUAGUCCACAUGUGGUUGAAAACUCGGACUACAAUGUGCAACAACCACCGGUCGACCACGCCUCCACGAUUACGAUAGAAUGUGACCAGGGAUACUCAACCGGAACCGGUACCGACCAAGACUUGACAUGUAAUGACGGCAAUUUUAACGACGAUCCGCCAGUAUGUUAUGAGAACUGUCCACCACUGAGUGCAACAUUUGACAACGGUAAUCGUUCUGGAGACACUACACCUUUCUACCACGAGGAACAGGUGUCAUACCGUUGUAACACUGGCUACAGCUUGGUUGGUUCCCCCGUCAUUACAUGUAACGAUGGCAAAUGGACUGAUGAUGAACCUGUCUGCAAAGUUUCAGGUGUAAAGGGCGAUUGUGCUACCGAAGACUGCACUGCAUCAGAAUGCUGUUACGAUGCCAUACCAGUUCCAUUAGGAGACGUAGGUGGCAUAGAGCCUGUACAAGUCUGCUAUACCAGUGGAAGUACAGUGAACUACACCUGUACCGGGAAUCUAAGAGGCCCCCCUAACCAGAUUUGCAACAAUGGAGCAUGGUCUUAUCCAUUCGCUCCAACGUGUGAAGGUGUGCCUUCAUGCCUGCAGCCUACGGUACCAUCAGACGGCAGUAUAAAUCCGGAUCACACUCAAUAUGGUUUAUAUACACGGAUCUAUUACGCCUGCAAUGAAGGUUUUUCACUGGUAGGUCCCGACGAAGCCGUCUGCGAAUCGGGUGGGACAUGGAACCCCUCUACGACACCUUCCUGCGAAGCAAGUUGUGACAAACCAACUUUAGCAAACGGAUACGUUGAUCCUGAUAAAACAUCUUAUAUGAAUGGAGAGGUACUCAACUAUGAGUGCAACACAAAUUAUACACUGGUCGGAGUUUCUACAACAACUUGCCGCAAUGGGGUCUACGAUCCUUCAACGUUACCAACCUGCUUCAGUAUGUGUAGUCCACGUGUGGUUGAAAACUCGGACUACAAUGUGCAACAACCACCGGUCGACCACGCCUCCACGAUUACGAUAGAAUGUGACCAUGGAUACUCAACCGGAACCGGUACCGAACAAGACUUGACAUGUAAUGACGGCAAUUUUAACGACGAUCCACCAGUAUGUUAUGAGAACUGUCCACCACUGAGUGCAACGUUUGACAACGGUGUUCGUUCUGGAGACACUACACCUUUCUACCACGAGGAACAGGUGUCAUACCUUUGUAACACUGGCUACAGCUUGGUUGGUUCCCCCGUCAUUACAUGUAACGAUGGCGAAUGGACUGAUGAUGAACCUGUCUGCAAAGGUAAGCCGUCUGGCUGUAGCUUGCGAAAAUACACUCCUCGUAGUAGCAUAUUAAGGAAAACUCCUUAACAACGUAAGUUGCAGUGAAGUGUUUAAUACAGUCGUCUAGGAGUUAAUUCAUUCUUUACUUUUUUCGAGGAAAAAAAUAGAUAAUUUUCUUAUAAGAAAAUGCAAACGAAAAAGAGGCUUCCAAAAUCCUUAUUCCAGCACUCAGUACAUACAUCCACAAUCGCUCUAUUGUCAUAUGUCUAUUUCUUCAUAUUGUAUACAGUUACUAUCAAACUUCUGCUAAUUUAUUUUUUGUUGCUUCUUUUCCGUUCGAAUUUGAUCUCGUUUGCUUGUAUAAUCCAACUUAAUAUUUAUCGUAUUUAUUCACGAAUCUAGACGAUACAUGAUCAGCCCCAGUCCCGCUUAAGAAAUGAAAAUACCAAGAACAGAAUAAUUAUAACUCAAUAAAACAAGUCUUGAUGACACAUAACAUAACGACAUUAAUAUUCAUGAAGAAUGCAGAUUUUUGAUAUGGUUCAAAAUGAUUUAAUUGAUGAUGGUAAAGAAAUGAAAUGAAAAUGAGUAACAUGAACCGCUGAAUAUCUAGUGAAUUGCUUAAAUAGGCUCCUUUAAUUUGACACAAAGAUGGAAUAAAAUCCUUUUUCAUGAAAA